UGAGACUUGUUUCUCGUCGGACGUCAUUAUCAAAUGGACCACAAACAUGGCUACCCAAGAAAGUGACCACGGAGACUUUUCUUAGUUACGCAAGAAAAAUCCUCUUAAAAUAAAAGACUGCCCUUUGAAAACAUGGGUGUCAUUAGACACGUGGUGUGUGCCAUGUCCGGCGGCGUCGACAGCUCUGUCGCCGCUUUGUUACUAAAGAAAAGAGGUUACAGUGUCACGGGAGUUUUUAUGAAGAACUGGGACUCAUUGGAUGAGAGUGGGGUGUGCAGUACAGAGAAGGACUGUGAGGACGCCUACAGAGUGUGCCAGGCCCUGGACAUCCCCUUCCAUCAGGUGUCUUAUGUCAAAGAAUACUGGCAUGAAGUCUUUAGUAAACUUUUGAAGGAGUAUGAAAGGGGCAGGACGCCCAAUCCAGAUAUACUAUGCAACAGGCAUAUCAAAUUCAACCAUUUCCACAAGUACGCCAUCGACACUCUGGGGGCUGAUGCCAUGGCAACAGGCCACUACGCCAGGACGUCACAGGAAGACGAAGAAGUGUUCCAGCAGACUCAUUUGGCGCCGCCAACCACUCUCUUCAGAGAUCGAUUUGAGAUCAGAAAUCCGGUGAGGUUGUACAAAGGAGCAGAUAUCCUCAAAGACCAAACCUUCUUCCUCUGUCAGAUCUCCCAGGAGGCCUUGCGACACACCACGUUCCCGCUGGCAGGACUCACCAAAGACUUUGUCAAAAAAAUUGCUGCUGAGGCUGGGUUUCACCACGUGCUGAAGAAGAAAGAGAGUAUGGGCAUCUGCUUCAUUGGAGAAAGAAACUUUGAAAACUUCAUUUUGGAGUAUCUGGAACCCAAACCGGGGAACCUUGUCUCCAUUGAGGACGGGGCUGUCAUGGGAACACACAAAGGCUGGUUCACUUUGACCCUUGGCCAGAGGGCGAGAAUUGGAGGGCAGAAAGACCCCUGGUUUGUGGUGGACAAAGACACCGAUACUGGAGAUGUGUUUGUGGCUCCAACUACCAAUCACCCAGCUCUUUUCCGUGACACUGUUGGAACGGACCGCUUCCACUGGCUAACAAUCGACCCGCCUCCUGAACUAAUCAAGACCCAGAUGAUGGAGUGUCAUUUCCGCUUCAUCCACCAGAUGCCUCUCACUCCCUGCACAGUUACGCUGAACAUGAACGGAUCAGUGUGGAUCACACUCUCCCAGCCAAUCAGAGCUCUAACACCUGGACAGUUUGCUGUGCUGUACAAAGGAGACGAGUGUCUGGGUAGUGGGAAGAUCGUGCAGCUAGGGCCCAGUGAAUUCACACUGCAGCGAGGCAGAGAGCGCUUGGUGACAGCCGCACCCCACGAGGAGCAACCGACCCCUGAACCAGCCAGCUGAGACGACCUGGCAGCCCGUCCGUGGUGGGCCCGAGGCCCGCGUGGUUUUCUACGGAGAGCAAGUUGUUCAUGAGGUUCAACUGUGACGCAGCGGCCUUCUAAGAGACUCUAAACUGGUGACUGUCUUCAGAAACUUUAAGGUAUUAAAAAAAUGAGGACAAAACCGUAUUCUGCCAGCUGCUCAGAUAAACCAUGUCUGCUUUUGGUGUAGAGAUGAGAUGCGAUAAUUUAAAUGUAACAUUUUAAAAACGUUUUUUCACGUUUGAUCACUCGCGUAUCAAACAUGAUGCGUUGCCUCUAUUUAUCUGCUGCUAAUUCUCCGUAUUACAUUCAUGAUGUCAUUAGAUGUGUUUGCCGUGCAUUGCAGAGACCUGCAACUUGGCAUAAUAUUAUUAAAGGCAAAAUGAAACUGAUGGAGGUUCAUGUACUUAAUACUUUAUUGGGUGUUGAAUAUGUUCUGUUAUUUCAAUCGCUACAAUUGCGGUUCCCUUUGGGAAAAGAGUUAUUGUGAUGGAAACCAGUGUCAAGCUUACUUUUCAAAAACGGUUAUUAACGCAUUAACAUUUCAGAAGAUGUGAAACAAUUCACAUACUUAAACUUUAAUAUAAAGAGUUUAUGUCAAGAAUCAGGAAGCAAGAUGCUUUCUUUUCGUUUCGUUUGUUUAUUGAUAAAAAUGUGUUAAUACUUUACUACAAAAGAAGUGAAAACCAAAUAGGAUUCGAUACAAACAAUGCUAUUUAUUAUUUGACCCCAUUUUUGGGAACUGUUGAUUGUUUUACGACAAUCAUAGCGUUCACUUCAGCUUUCUACUAACUUUUAUUACACUGUCAUGUAUUUUGGGUGCCUUUUCUCUUCAAACGUUAUUCCUAAACUACAAAUUUACCAGGUAGUGAACUAACCUUCUAAGUUAGUCACUGGCCAGUAUAACUAAAUAUUCCCCCGAUAAUUGAUUCAUACUUGAAAAAGACACUUGGCAGUUGUGCAUUGGCGUUCUGACCAUUACUGACCCCCAAGGGGGCGCUGUUGUAUCAGAUCACCGGCGGAGUGGACCUGUUGUUCUCGUUUUGUUUAGGUCAACAUACUGCAUGUUCCUCUGAAUCAUAAUGACACUUAAGUCUACUUAUUCGACCUCAUCAUUUUUCUGUUUUCCCUAAUUGUUUUUGGGAACAUGUCAUGUCAUCUGUUAUCUUAAAACAGUUUUUUUUGUUGGGGGGCACAAACAUGUUUAUAAUACAAAGAACUUAGCAUCUCCAAGUUCCAAAAACAAAAUAAUGUAAGUCGAGAAAAAAUACAAACUGUCAAAAGGGAGUCAUUCUCAUAUUGUGAUAACACAACAUUAAUUUUUAUAGAUUUUUUUGAGAAAACUAAAACUAACUUUCUGUGUGAUGACCUCCCAACAUUUUCAAAAUGAAGUAUUUAACAAAGGCAAUAAUUAAAUAUGUUUUAAUUGA